AUGGACGUUAAGUCAACGAAUUCCUCGCCAGUUCUCACGGACCCGGCCUCGCUGAACAAAUCGAGGCUCGGGAUCCGUUCGGGCCUCCUGCCUUGCUCGCAAUCGGGCGGGCCCAGUUUCCCUAAAAGCAUCCCCACCGUUCCAAGAAAAAAGUCCGUAAAACUCGGUGAUGUUCGAUACAACGGCUGGUUGGACUCCAUGAAAUCAUCUUCCCCUCCUCGCAAGAAGAUCCUCAAGGAUUUCAACGGUGCUGAGUCCGUCUCGGAUGAUGCCGAAAUUGCUUAUCUCUCUUGGACGAUUAAGUACCCAUCGGCCCUUGGUUCGUUCCAGAGGAUUGUAGAUCGUGCAAAGAAUGGAAAGUUGGUCGUGUUCUUGGAUUAUGACGGCACGCUUUCACCGAUUGUGGAUGACCCUGAUCGAGCUUUUAUGUCUGAUGACAUGCGAUCUGUUGUAAAGAGUGUCGCGAAAAAAUUUCCAACCGCCAUCAUCAGUGGGCGAAGUCGAGAUAAGGUUUAUGAAUUGGUGGGGUUCAGUGAACUCUAUUAUGCCGGCAGUCAUGGAAUGGACAUCAUUUUUCCGGCCAAAGACGCGGUUAAUCCACACAACCAUCAAAAUUGUGUGAGAUCGUCUGAUCCUAAGGGAAAGGAGGUUAAUUUAUUCCAGCCUGCCAGUGAAUUUAUACCCAUGAUCGACGAGGUUUUCAGAAAGUUUGCUGAAAUUACGAAAGACAUAGAAGGCUCGAAAGUUGAGAACCAUAAGUUUUGUGUCUCUGUACAUUACCGCAAUGUAGAGGAGAAUAGCUGGCCUGUGAUUGCGCAAAAUGUUCAUGAUAUUUUGGCCGACUAUCCAAGACUUCGGCUGACUCAUGGACGAAAGGUUUUGGAAGUUCGUCCGGUGAUUGACUGGGACAAGGGGAAGGCAGUUAAGUUUCUUCUAGAGUCUCUAGGAUUUAGCAACCGUAAUGAUGUUCUCCCGAUUUAUAUUGGGGAUGAUAGGACAGACGAAGAUGCAUUCAAGGUGCUGAGGAAGAAAAAUCGUGGCUAUGGUAUCCUUGUAUCCGCUGUUCCGAAGGAGAGCAACGCAUCUUUUUCUCUUAAGGAUACUUCAGAGGUUCAAGAUUUCCUGGAAGCACUUGUGAAAAUGGCAGAAAAAGAUGCCAACACAGAUGAAGCAAAUGCAGAUAAUACAGACUAA